AGUUGCUGUAACGUGUAGCUGCUCAGCUCACAUUGUGAACUACAACUUUCACGACCGCACACCCAAUGACAGCCUAGGAAAACAAGACAAACAAACAGGAAAGCUGAGGGAAAACAAUGGACUUGUUCUGAGUGAAACUGUUUAAGGAUUUUACUGUGGCGCACUGUGCGUGAGAAGCGCACUGGCCACUUUUACUGAGCGCUCGAAUCCAGUGGAAAAGUUUGAAUAUUACUUUUAAUCAAAGAUUACGUUUUCGGAUUUUCAUCUCCAAAGGACUGAAGAAAUAAUGUUAAAAAUGACAGAGGAGCAUGAGAAGUGUGGCAACGACCAACCGUGCAGUCCAACGGGGACAAACAGUUCUAUGUCCCAGGAUGAGUCGGACUCCGAUGCACCGUCCUCACCAACUGGCUCCGACGGCCAAGGAUCCCUGCUUACCGGUUUGGGCAAGAAACUGGACUCCGAGGAUGACGACCGUUUCCCAGCCUGCAUACGGGACGCCGUCUCUCAGGUCCUGAAAGGAUAUGACUGGUCCCUGGUGCCUAUGCCCGUGAGAGGAAACGGAUCCCUGAAAAGUAAACCUCACGUCAAGAGACCCAUGAAUGCGUUCAUGGUCUGGGCGCAAGCGGCCCGCAGAAAGCUGGCGGAUCAGUAUCCACACCUGCACAAUGCAGAGCUGAGCAAGACGCUGGGAAAACUUUGGCGCUUGCUUUCAGAAAGUGAAAAGAGGCCAUUUGUAGAAGAAGCAGAGAGGCUUCGGGUUCAGCACAAAAAAGAUCAUCCAGACUACAAGUACCAGCCACGGCGACGGAAGAAUGUGAAACCAGGCCAGAACGACUCAGACUCAGGAGCAGAAUUGGCACAUCAUAUGUAUAAAGCUGAACCAGGGAUGGGAGGACUGACAGGAAUGACCAAUGGUCACCACCACUCUGAACAUGCAGGGCAGCCCCAUGGUCCACCUACACCACCCACUACUCCCAAAACAGACCUGCACCAUGGGGUGAAGCAGGAUCUGAAACAUGAAGGCCGUCGUCUUGUUGACAGUAGCAGGCAAAACAUUGACUUCAGCAACGUAGACAUCUCUGAGCUCAGCACUGAUGUCAUUAGUAAUAUGGAGACCUUUGACGUUCAUGAGUUUGACCAGUACCUCCCACUCAACGGCCACGCCUCAGGCUCCACCACCCUGUCCUCAGAUCACAGCCACGGGCAGACUCCAGUGCCCAGCAGCUCUUACACUUCCUCAUACAGCCAUGCAGGCAACAAUGGGUCCACGUGGAGCCGAAAGAGUACCUUGUCCUCCUCCUCUCCCUCCAGCAGUGAGAUGGGUCAGCACCGUCUCCAUAUUAAGACAGAGCAAUUGAGCCCCAGCCACUACAGCGAGCACUCCCAUGGGUCACCCUCACACUCCGAUUACGGCUCCUACAGUAGCCAGGCCUGUGUCACUUCAGCCACAUCAGCUGCCUCAGCUGCAGCCUCUUUCUCCAGCUCCCAAUGUGACUAUACUGACCUUCAGAGCUCCAACUAUUACAACCCUUACUCGGGCUACCCUUCAAGCCUCUACCAGUAUCCCUACUUUCACUCAUCCAGGCGGCCCUAUGGUAGCCCAAUCCUUAACAGUUUGUCCAUGGCUCCUGCUCACAGCCCCACUGCCACCAGCUGGGACCAGCCCGUCUACACCACACUGUCUAGACCUUAAGGGGACCAGAGACAGUCUCUUCGCACCAGAGACUCAUUCAGAUUGAUGCACUAUUAAUGAAGGAAGUAAGGAGCAGGUGGCGAAAUUAUGUAGAGGCUACCUGCGACCAUUUGAACAUGAAACACGCAAAAGAAAAAGUGCCUGCUGAUUUUAUACAAAGUUAUAUUGUUGCAAUGAAAACACACUUGUACAGACUUUUUACACAAAGAGAAAAUGUGUUGUUGGUGAACCAGCCUCCUCUAUGAGGACAUAUUGCCUACGCCUACAUCCUGUACAUCCCCCUUCUUUCCAGUUUAAGAUUGCACAUGUGUGCACACUUGAAGUAGAUCAGAGGCCCGUCACUGAAUUGGGCAGGAUUGAAACAGUUUGGCCAUACUCUGUUUUGAAGCAGAUACAUUGAAGAAUGUAAACAGGACCAAUUUUGUGAAUUUGCAGAAAAAAUUUACAUUAAUGGCCAGAGCUAUAUUGCAGCAUACUAUUUGCAUCAGUGGAUCAGUCUUAAAUAAAUGGCUCCUAUGAAUCUAGUGUUGUUUUGGAUUUAAAGUCUUAUAUGUAUUUAUAUUCAUGCAUUUUUGCUUUUUGUUCCUAGAUGAACACAUGUAAUGUGGGUUUGGUUAUUUAGAGUACUGUUUGGCUUUUAAUGAAACAUGAUAAGUGAAGAACAGUACAAAUACAGUGCAUUUGAUAUUAUUGCGUUGAAGACCAAUUUCGAGAAACAUCUCCAUUCCAAGUUGCAAGCAAAGAGACAGGACCAACAGACUCACACAGGACAGAACAGGUGUCUGAAAUCUAUGCUUGGCAAAUUGCGAUUAGUCAUGAUCUAGGGUUAAAGGAAAUGGGGUAAAAUAACACCACACACUCUGAGUGACAUGUCAGCUGGACCUCCUGUAUAUGUCGAUGGACAGCACAAAAUAUGUGUACAUUUGUGCAUCCGUGUGUGUGUGUGGCGAUAACAUGGCAUCACACAUACGAAUGCAUGUGUGAGCCCUCGGGAUUGAGACACAUAUCUCAUGACAUAAUAUACACCCAAAUGAUACAUAAAACAACUUUUUUACUGAAAUUAUCUUCAAACUUUGUUCUUUAUUCAAAGAAAAGUGCUUAGGGUUUUAAAGUCAAAUUAAGUGUGUGAGUAUUUGCCCAUAUUUAUGUCAUCAGCCAUCAAGUGCCAACUCACUGCUGCAGUCUUGCAUAAAAUGUUUUUGUGCCUUCUAAUGCUUAUUGUCAAUAUUUCAACAUGAAAUAGAAUUAUUAACAAAUUUUGGGCAGCACACAAUCAAGUAAUCCAUACCAGAGACUUCGACAGUUAACUUGCUCCUGAUUAUGUCCUUAAUUUGAUAUCAUUCCUUACAGCCUUGGUUUGUAAUGUUCUGUGACAUGCUGUAUGAGAAAUGUACAGAGCACCAUGCUCCAAGUUUUGUCCACAGGGCUGUGUUUUGUAUGAAUAUGGUGUAUCAUAUUGAGAAAGGCUGUGAAAAUGAUUGUUGUUCUAUUAACGAGAGUUUCACUCACAAAUACUCAGCUAACUGAUUUGCUGGCCUUUUUUUAAAAAAAAAAAUAAAAGAUGCUUUAUCUUGA